ACAUUUCAACGAUAUUCCACUUGUAGCCAACUUGUUCGACGAAUUGAUGAAGCUCAAAGUUGGUGGGAUUGAGAGCCAAUCGUACGAUUGAUCUGGUCCGCACUAGUCGGUUGGCAAGCCCAGAUUCCAAAAACUCAUCUUGACCUCCUCCGCGGCCGAUCGCAAUCGUCAUCUCCCUUCUGGUGCUUCUUCUUCCCCCAGCUCGUCCGACCCCCACCGUGAUCCAAUCGAAUGGCAGAGGCCCCAUCGAUCCACCGCACGGAGAUCUUGAAGCAGAUCGCGGUGGACUACUGCCCGGAGGUAUGCGACCACUCCCCGGAGGCCGGCGAGAUCCACGUCACCUACGACCACCGCGGCGGCGCCCGGUGGCGCUCCCCGGCCCGCUUCCGCUACGGCACCUUCGGCGCUCGCAUCCGCUGCCCCGCCGGCAACACCAGUGGCCUCAACUUCAACAUCUACCUCUCCUCCCUCGAGGGCGACAAGUCUCAGGACGAGAUCGACUUCGAGUUCCUCGGCAAGGACAAGACCUCCGUCCAGACCAACUUCUACACCACCGGCGCCGGCGCCCGCGAGAUCAUCCACCCUCUCGGCUUCGACGCCUCCGAGGACUUCCACGAGUACCUCAUCCGCUGGGAGCCCGACCGGAUCGAGUGGCUGGUAGACGGCGCGGUGAUCCGAGAGGAGGUGAGGAAGGACGGGGAGCCGUGGCCGGAGAAGCCCAUGUUCCUCUAUGCCUCCGUGUGGGACGCCAGUUACAUCGACGGAGGGCGGUGGACUGGACAGUACAUUGGAUGCGACGCGCCCUACGUUUGCAGUUACAAGGACGUGAGGGUUCCCAUCGAAAGCAUUGUGGUGGAAGAGGAGGAAAGCAAGUAGAGGUAUUUGUCUCUCCGUUUGGUUUGUAUGGGUUUUAAUUGUGGUUUAUGUGUUUGUUGAUUUGUGCUUCUGUCGAGAGUGUGGGAUGACGUUUUGAGUUUUCGCUUGCUUGAUUCCAUUUCCUUGUUGUUUUAUGUGCUUGUGGGUUGAUUCUGUGCUGCAUUCCAAAAUGGGUUCGAAAUGCUGGUAUCUACAGGGAAUUGAAACAAUUGCAGCUGAUGCCAAAAAUGUUUCAAUGAAUAACUACCUACUACUCUGAUGGG